AUGCGAGAAAGCCCUUCCCGCGUCGAGCUCUGCGCUGAAGCUGACAUUGACGAAACGACGAUUGAGCUCGUCUCCAGCGCUGGAAAAGUCCUCGACAGUUCAUCUGGCUGUUUUCUCGUGAAACCGAAUGACUACGUUCUCCGCCCCGUUUCUUCCUCUUUCCACUUCUCACCAAAGGAAAUUGCAGUUAAGGUUGAGGCCGAGCCUCAGUCUAGACACCAGUUUAAACGAUUUACUCGGCGGUUUUCCGCCUUUGUCCGCUGCCUAGGCACUUGCCAGUCCUUCAGCGCGAGCCUAACUGACGUCAAUGGGGAGCGUACGCCUUUAAUCCUCGGAAAAGCCGAAAAUAACCGACGAGAAAUCGAGCACUCAAGACUGGAUCCUGGCAAAUAUACCUUGGAGGUCUCCAGCGAUAAUUGGUGCUUCGACCAGAGCAGCAGCAAGAAAGAGGUCCGAAUCACCAUUGCUCCGGAGGGAGAGCCAGAAGGAGUACCCUUAGAAAUCGUUCAAAAAGCCUACCGACUGCAGCUCAAAUCGGAAGUGAUUACGGAUGUUGAAAUCGUAGCUGGAGAUCGAAAAGUUGUCGAGAAGCUCGAAUCUGGCUUUAAUAAUUUUAAAAGUUUUACUCUUAAUGAAUUUAAAUAUCCACUGGCAGGCGGCGAGUACACAAUAACCCCUCGUGGCUGUCACAAUUUCGCCAAGAGCUCAAUUCAAUACAGCACUGGCUCUCCUUCUGUCGUCAACCUGUCGCCUGUGAGUCACAAAGUUUCGGUCGAAAUCGAAAUUGACGAGUCCAAAGUCGCCAGCGCUCAACUCACACUGACAGUAAACGGCGAGCAAGUUAACGGCGGCCACUUUGAAAGCGGUAAGCUGCGAUACACCGUCGAUGUUCGAUCAGAGAAAGUCACCAUCGAGCCUAAAUCGCCAACGAUGUUUAUUCAUCCGAAGAGCUUUUCGGGCUUCUCGACGUUCGACCCUGCUUCUGGAUGUGCCUUGCCUGUUGUUUUCGACGCUCUUGAUGCUCUUUUUAUCGAGGGAGAUAUCGAGCCUGCAGUAGAAGGAGUUGAUAUCAAGUUGGAAUCAUCUGACGCAUACAGCUUCCAAGCCCUUCUGCUGGCCAAUUUGGCUGUGGAUCUGGUAGAUAGCGAUGGAAAUGCCAUGUCUGAUGUAACAAUCAAGCUAUCCGGCCCAGAACGGUACCGCCAGAUCGCGAAAAUCAACGGACACGAGACAUUCAAUCGACUUGAGCCCGGCGAUUAUUUCAUCAUUUUUGAAAAGAAGGAAUUCAAAUUCGAGCCCAACAAAUUCGAAAUCACGCUAACGGAAGAUAGGACACUCACUAUCUGCGCUGAUCACUCCGAGGAAUCGAAGACGGACGUAAAUGGUCAGUUCCGCAUAAUGGGCUUGCAAAAUGAUUGUACUUACGAUAUUCGCGUCAAAUCUCCAGGAAAUUACGUCGUUUCUCCUGAAUCGAUCCGAGUCAAGGUUGACCAAGCGGACAACCGAAACCUAGAGUUCCAGGCUUUCAAAUCGAUUUCUCAAACCCGAUUGAGCGGGAACGUCUUAAUAUGUCCGACCUGUCCGCUGAAAGGGCUCAAAGUUGAAGUCUUUAGUCUUGAUAGCGACAAAAAACGGGCGAAAAAUGCGCUUGAAACACUUUAUCUCAGUGAGGACAGUGGAACAUUUUUCAACUUCGCGCCACUCGAGUUCGCGGAAAAUCCCGUCGAAAUCGUCCUCACUGGACCCGAUGACUCGAGCAGCCAGAUCGUUUACCUCAAUGCUCCUUUGAAACACGCUAGUUUCAGAUAUACGCACCAGCAAGCGUCAGAAACACCAAUUCAAGGAGAGGAUAACUUUAUGAUUCGACUACAUUGA